AUGUCUGUGCAGUGGUCCGAAUCUUGGCUCAUGGGUUUGCUCAGCUUUCACCUUGUGUGCAUAUGUGUGACUGUUGUGACAUGCAGAUUCUACAAAGCACAAAUAUGUCACUUCUUGCUAAUGACGGGGUUGGUGUACAGUGCUGAGAAUUUGAACGAGUUGGCUGCCAUGAACUGGAGGUCUUUUUCUAAUUUCCAGUACUUUGAUUCUACUGGCAUGUUCAUAUCUCUGGUUUUCUCCAUUCCUCUUUUGAUGAACACUGUCAUUAUUGUUAUGGUGUGGGUCUACCGGACGUUUUCAACAAUGACUGAGCUAAAAACCCUGCAGCUUAAAAGGAAGAUGCAGAAACACACACGUGAGAAGGCUGUACUUCCUAAAAUGGAUUCUAACAAAAAGAAUGCUUGA